GUAACAAUGAUGGUGUUAGGCAAUGCUUAUCCGGGUGAUCACUAACUAUGGAAGUUGCUACAUACGAUCACGUUAUCACUACACCUAGACGGAACCGGUCUGUCAGCUCGAACAUUGCUGUUUAACAUCGUCCAUACGCCGCUUGCAAACACCACGUCCAAGCCUACCACGACAGGUCUUGUUCAUUGAUACGAAACAGCAAGAUGGUCUCUACCGAUAAGCCUGCGCAAGGACCUACAGCUCGGCUUCCGCAAGGCUUGGUCGUUGGCACCACGCUGAAAGGAGAAUACCCUCGCAGCAUUGAAGCUUUCAGAGGAAUCCCAUACGCACUGUCACCAACGGGCGACCGCCGUUUUCGCCCACCAGUAAACGUGCCAAACAGUCACGAUACCAUAGAUGCAACGCAAUUUGGCCCUAGGGCCCCAGCCCGGCAAUUCGUCAAGGUCGGACCGGCGUUGGAAGAGAGCGAAGACUGCCUUACCGUGAACGUGUUUCGCCAAGCACAGCACAGCCAUGUCUCGGACUUACCGGUCGCCGUCUACUUCCACGGAGGCGCUUUCAAUCGGGGCAAUGCUGCCAUGCAUGACACGGCGUCCAUGGUAGGAUGGUCAGAGCUCCCGUUCGUCGGAGUAUCUUUUGGCUACCGGAUUGGAGCUCUAGGGUUCCUGCCUUCGAAGUUGAGCGCCACGGAGGGAGCUUUGAACUUGGGAUUAAAGGAUCAGAUAUGUCUCCUGGAAUGGGUUGAAGAGAACAUUCGUCACUUUGGAGGAGACAAGAACAACGUGACACUGAUUGGGCUCUCGGCGGGAGCACACUCGAUCGGCCACCACCUGCUAAACUACGACGAGGGCAAAGCGCCCAAAUUCCACCGCGUCGUGCUCGAGUCCGGCGCGCCUACAUCCCGCGCGGUGCGCAACCCAGACGCAGAGAUCCACGAAGCACAAUUCAAAGACUUCCUCAAGCAAGUCAACUGCCCGGCCUCUCUCCCAGAAACGGACGUCUUCGACUACCUCCGCAGCAUCCCGACCGCCGUCAUCGCCGACGCGCAAACCACCGUCUUCGCAAAGUACAACGCCAGUCUCCGCUGGGCAUUCCAGCCCGUAAUCGACAACGCGACCGUCCGCGGGCGCCCAAUCGACGCCUGGCGCACAGGAAAAUGGCACAAAGUGCCCAUCAUGACGGGCUUCCAAGGCAACGAGGGCUCCCUGUACGUGGACAAGCAAAUGUCAACCUCGCACGAGUUCACGGCCUUUUGGCAAACUCUCCUCCCCCAGCUCAGCCCCGACGACAUCGCGCACAUCAACGGCCUGUAUCCAGAUCCGCACACGCACCCCGCCUCGCCAUACGCCGAGUCCCGCACCGCCCUCGGCGUAGGCGACAUGUACGCCCGCAUCGAAGCCGCGUACGCACACUACGCGUACGUCGCGCCCGUGCGCCAAACCGCCUUUUUCGCCAGCCAGCAUGUGCCUGUGUACGUGUACCACUGGGCGUUGCGCCGUGACGUGAUCGACGGCGCCAAGCACGGGGAUAACAUGCUCUUCGAGGUCCGCGACGCGGCGCUGUGUAAGCAGGCGCCUAGCCUCGCUAAGCUGUCGGGGAUGCUGCAUGCGUAUGUGACCAGCUUUGUGUGCACGGGGAGUCCGGACGGGCUGCGUGGGGCGUAUGGCGGGCGGUCGCCGUGGAGCGCGUAUGCAGGGCCGGACCCGAGGGUUUUGAUGUUUGGCGGGGGGAACAGUGAGUUUAUUGGGGGGGAGCGGGUGGGGGAGCUUGUUGAGCUGGUGGAGGACGAGUUUGCGAGGCGGGAGUCUGAGUUUUGGUGGAGUAAGGUCGAGGUCUCGCAGCAGUAGCGUGGGGUGUUCAGAGAGGGUUUGGUGUGGCGGAUGGGGCGUUCUUUGCGCUGCAUGCUGGCUUGGGAGUACGAACAGACGAGAAUGCUUCUAAAGCCGUUGGCCACACCGGAUUGCUGCUCUGCGCUUGAGAGUACCAACAGACGAGAAUGCUUCUGAAGAGUCGUUGGCUACACCGGAUUGCUGCUCUGCGGUCUUGUUUCAAACAUGUUCCCA